GGGACGUGGUCACCCAAAAUAAUUCUCGGAACGCAACUUCUCUAUACCCCACAACCUUGACCUCUCGGCAACGCAACCGCUCGGUGUUCACACAUCUUAAGAAGACCCCAGCUUACAUUCACGUCCGCCCUGGUUGUGGCAGUGCACUCAGUAGUCGUAUUCAGCAUACUGCUUCAGCUUGCCGUUUGUCUCCAAUACGGAUUGCCAACAUGCCAGAGACUCCGCAAUGGCCAACGGCUCACGUCAAUGUCAACUUCCAACCUUGCAUUCAAGAUCAUCAAGGGAAACGUGAAGACCGCAGCCACAAAUUAUGGUCAUAAGACCGCAAAUAUCUACUAUUUCUCGCUCAUACACUUAUACUCUCAACUACUUGUCUUACUACGGCUACUCGACGCCUUGCAUCAACCCCAAUCCUCUAAGCCUCCGUUCAACCGAAACGAUUUCACUCUGAGAAGUUUUGAAAUAGUCAUUAUGAACCCGCAUAUAAUCACCACCAAUCCGUGCCUCUUCUGCGGCAAACGAGGUUCAGAGCCACACGACUCUCUGUGCUUGACGAGGCGAGGGUACGACAUCACGGAACUCAGGGAUUGGGUCAGGAUGCCCCAGUCUCAGUCCCGAGUCCGAUCUGCUGAUACCAUGGAUCAGCGCUUCCAACAGUCGGUAAUACGGAGACUACGGUACGGCUCGACGGUGUUUUUGGGCGGUCCGUACCGUAUAGAAAUUUCGCCGUAAAAGCAACCGUCCGUAGUAACUUUUGAGCCGUAAUAUGGUGAUAGAAUUGCCUAAUUAGGAAGGAGGUGUGGGUUGACCCCAUGCUCCUCACUGCCACAAAACAACGCAAGCGCCAAAAACAGAGCUCCC